AUCCCCCCCUUGCGAAAACGGGGUGCCUUCGCAGUUACUGUAAGGCGUUGCGGCAUGUUGCGACGCGUUUCUCUGCGGGUCGGGAGGCAUGUCACGCCAAUGAGGAAGUUGAAGGGCGCAAUUGCAGGCCGCACAAGGCAACAUACUUUGGAAGGCCUCUGAGCAAAGAAUACCGUUGCCUUUGAAGAGAUGGCAGUUCCUUCUGCGGCAGUCCUUCGGCUCUUCCGCGGCAGUCCUUCGGCACUAAAUCUUGAAACCCGCCUCUCAUUUGACGCCUCUCACCCACCACCCUCCGCCCUCCGCUCCGCCAGUUUCACCCAUCCCCCCAUCUCAUUCGACCGCGCCUCCUUCACCGGCCCCUCCUUCUCCCCCGAAGAGUUUCUCGGAGACCGGCGACAUAUAGCCCUCGAUGAGCUGAAAAAGGAGUUACAGCAGUCGUUGCGGGAUCUGAAGACCGAGUUGGUGGAACUCAUUAACUUGGACUAUGCGGACUUUAUUGACUUGUCGACGAAGCUGGUGGGCGUGGAUGAGAUGAUUUCGGGGCUGGGGGGGCCCUUGGAGAAGAUUGAGGGGAGUGUGCAGGCAGUCAGGGAUGCUUUGAACGAUGGGAUAUCACAGCUGGAGGAGGAGUUGGAGAACAGAGCUGAGUUGAGGGAAAAGAAGGUCUACCUCCAACUAUUCGUCAACAUUCAUGAAUCGCUGGAGAAGCUGGAUGGCCUGUUAAAGAUGUCAAACGAGGGGCAUCCUCGAGACGGCGAUGGCAAUGAAGAGGCGCUGGCGGAAGGAAAGCUGAUCGAACGUGUUGCAAACGAGUACACGCAGCUGCGGUAUCUGAUAUCGCGGGCGAGCAAGACUCCUUUUGUGCAGAAGAUUGAUAAGCGUGUAGCGCACAUCAAAGACACGCUCACUCAAAGUCUCUCAAGAUCGCUCAAGCUCUCGUACGAGCGAGUCAUGUCCCCCAACAGCACAGCCGUCGCGGAAAACGACCUCUCCCAAAUCCUCCGCACAUACGUCUCAGUCGACCGAGCAGACGAAGCCGAGCAGAUCUUUAGCGAAUCCGUCAUGGCCCCAUUCCUUGACAAAGUUGUCAACAGGCAAAAUCUCGUCCUUGAGACGCGGACCGGUGCCACGCCCAAGACGGAUAUUGCGUCGGCGAGGAACCCGCUGGAGAAUAUGUAUGACGCGAUCUUGGCGUUUGUGGCGAAGGAUUGUGCGAAAGUUGUCGCAGUCACGACGAAGGCGUUUCAUGGGACGAAAGCGAAUCUGCAUGUGGACAGCAUCUGGGUUGCUGUCGCGACGGCGAUUAUGAAGAAGAUUCCCUUUAUUUUCAAUCCGGGAAUUCCGGAGGUGUUCCAUAAGAACUACAGCUGUACCAUUCACUUCGUAUCGGAGAUGGAAUCCCUCUGCAAAACAUCUGACGUCCUGGGCCGAUUCCGCGCCCAUUCAAUCACCUCAGACUUCCUGAAGCGGUGGCAACUGCCGGUAUACUUCCAAAUCCGGUUUCGCGAAAUCGCCACAGAUUUCGAGGACGCGACCACGGCCACGGACGACCUCAAUGCUAACGUCAACGUUUCAGAAGGCCUGAUCAUGACACCCAGCAGUGCCUUGAUGAUAUGCAUCAACCUCUGCUGGGACCCAUCCGUCUACCUACCUGGACUAGCGCAUCGAUUUUGGAAACUGACGUUGCAAUUGGUUGCACGUUACGUUAUUUGGGUCAAGGAAACGCUUCAGCUCGAUAUUAGUGCAAAUCCGGUUGAAGCGCCGGAUGUGGCCACUUCACCGACGCCUGGUGGUCGGGUAUCGACGAGCACUGCUUUCCCUGCCGAACAGCAGAGUUUGAAAACAUACAUGUACUUUUAUAAUGAUUUGAGGAAUAUCAUCUCGCAGGUUGCAAACACUUUCAAUGACGUGAUCCGCACAAGAAUACCGGGAGGAAGUCGGACGGAGCAGGUCCUGCAAGACUCGUUACGAGAAUCAUUAUCACCACUGCAGGACAUGCUACCGCUUCUGACGCAACGAGUAUGCCAAGUGCUGGUCCAACGCUGCUUUGAGCCUCUGUAUGAUAACGUACAAGCCAUUACCCGGCAGUAUCGCGCUACCAACAAGGAGCCGCCAAGCAAAGCCUCGUACUUCAUCCCGACAAUCUUUACGCCGAUGUUGGCGUUUUUCGAGGAAAAUGGGAACCUGGCAAACUCGGUCGCCACGUCGGAGUGGACGGCAAAUGUCGUCGAUAACGUUACAUCGAAAUACGCCGCAACCCUCGCCAAGCUCGUUUCUGACAACAAAUGGUUCGAAGAUUACAACCGCCGCAUGAAAAAAUCCAGCCGGCUGCGGCCCACAACCGCCGCGGGCGAAAACGCCAUGAGCGACGGUGACAAGAUCCGGUUGCAGUUGUACUUGGACGUCGAGCAGUAUAUCACGGAGAUACAAGGUCUUGGCGUUAAUCCCGCGACGUUGGAAUCGGGCCGGGAGUUGCGGCAGAUUACAGAUCCUUUUGCAGAGUUAUUGAAAAAGUGAUGCCCA